UUCUCUGUGUUUUUGAUAAGCCAACCCCUCGAAUUUCGAUUCUCGUUCUAUGGAAGACGACCAUUUGCAUUCUUUCUUUCCGAUUUCGGCGGCAUUGUGAAGGGAAGAUCUUUUGUCAGUGGGCCGUGGAAGUGUCUUUUUUCUCGUGCACGUUAACUAUCUGAAUCAACAAUGGCUGCAGACCCACAAAAGGUUGACAGUAAUGAUGAGACUGAAGGAAUGGAAGAAGAUACUGGAGAUGACAGCAACAUCGCCCAGGUUUUCAGACGGCCUGAUAUUCUUGCAGCUCUUCAAGGAAGGCUUAAUCAAGAAAUGAUCGCGAAUCUCCCUGCUCCGGUGAAGAGGAGAAUCAAAGCUCUCAAAAAUCUGCAGUUACAAACCGCCAAAAUAGAAGCAAAAUUCUAUGAAGAGGUCCACCAGCUUGAAUGCAAAUAUCACAAUCUUUACACUCCGUUUUAUGAAAAGCGAGGAGAAAUCGUGUGUGGAUUAUACGAACCCAAAGAUGAUGAAUGCGAAUGGACUUCAGAUGAUGAAGAGAAAGUAAGUGAAAUCACGAAAGACAUCAAAGAUAAAGUUGCGAUAGAAGAUAAAAAGGAGAAUCUUGAAAACGUAUCUGGGAUACCUGAUUUCUGGUUGACGAUUUUCAAAAACACUCAAAUGUUGUCGGAGAUGAUCCAAGAGGCGGAUGAGCCAAUCCUCAAGCAUUUGAUCGAUGUCAAAGUUAUAUUUUUAAAUGAACCAAUGGGUUUCGUAUUAGAAUUCCACUUUUCUCCAAACGAAUAUUUCUCCAACUCAGUCCUAACUAAAGAAUACUACAUGAAAUGCGCUAUCGAUGAUGAUGAACCUUUCAGUUUUGAAGCCCCUGAAAUAUACAAGUGUAGCGGUUGUGUCAUUGAUUGGAAGAAAGGCAAGAAUGUGACCGUCCGAACGGUGAAGAAGAAACAAAAGCAGAAAUCACGCGGAGCUGUCAGAACAGUAACAAAGACAGUUCAAGUGGACUCUUUCUUCAACUUCUUCAACCCACCUCGCAUACCGGAAGAUGCCAGUGAUGUUGAUGAAGACACCCAGGCUCUGCUUACGAGUGAUUACGAAAUCGGCUACUACAUUAGAGAACGCAUUGUUCCGAAAGCUGUACUGUAUUACACAGGUGAAGCACUCGAAGAUGAAGAGUACGAAGAAGAAGAAGAGGAGGAGGAUGAAGAUGAGGAAGAAGAAGAAGAGGACGAUGAUGACGAUGACGAGGGAGAUGAGCCUGCACCAGGCAAAAAACCAGCAAUCAAAGGCAAGAAUGCCCAAAACCCUGAUAACUGUAAGAACCAGUAGUUUCUCUCACUUGCAUUUUGUUACUGUGUCUUUUCUGUUUCUUCCACGAUUAUUCUCUGUAUUCUUCUUUUUUAACGAGAAAAAAUAUAUUUUUUAUCGCCUUUUUUAAAUGUUCCGAUAGGUUUUGUCUAUAAUAGUUAAGUUCCGCUUGUUUCUGAAACAAAGCUAGGAACAAUCAAAACGCUUAAUGAAAUUUGUACUAUUUCCUGUUACCUGUUACCCCAGUACAUAAUUGUAUGUAUGCAUUUUACACAGGUUAGCUGCCAUGCUCUGUGGAAUCACUGUAACUCCGUCUGGCCCAUUUUUGCCCCAAAUUUUAUUUAUCAUGACAUGGAUCUGUCACCAUUAUGUUCGCUACCCUCAAGAAUUUUUCCCUAAGGCUCAUGGAAGUGUCCUUAUGGAUCUCUCUUUUCAAAUGUCGAGUGAAAAUUAAUGAUAGGAAGUAUUACCGGUGGGAUAACUUGAUUACUAUUUUGGAGUUCUGGUGUACCCGAUUAGCAUGGCAGUCCAAGCUUUGGCAUUUUCUGACUGCAAGCUCAUUCCAGUAGGGAAGUAUUAGAAUCUAAUAAAAUGCGGUCGGCGCUCACUGGUCAAUACAACAUAUGCUUGUCACGCAUUUUACUGAAAAAUUGGAAAUCAAAAUAAUGUUGAAAAGUUUGCUUUUGUUACUAUUUUUUUUUACUCUUAGUCCCUUGUUAGUUUUUUUUUGUCUUUAAUCAUCAUUUGUCUUGGAAGUAAGCUCUCGGAACAAGAUCUGGUUUCUACCUUAUCCAAUUCUGUUAAUUAUCAUCCUGUAAUUUAUUCUACAGACCAUCUACAGACUUUAUCUACUAAAAAAAAUCGAAACUGGUUUCGAAUUUCUCUUGUAUCUAUGACAGUAGACUCUGUUCGAAUCAUCGAAAGUUUUACAACUUAAAAGAAGGUAAAUGUAGAUGAAAAAAAAAUGUUCUCAACAUCCUUGCUAUAAUUACAAAGAGCCCGUGGAUUUCUUUAAUGCUGACCGGUACAUGUAACAAUAAAAAAUUAGAGUUGAAGUACAUGUGUAUUUUUGUAUCGAUAUUGUAAAUGUUAAGUUAUUGUUAAAAUUUGAAACUAGUUAUUAUUUUAUGCAAAUUUAAUUAAUUUAAUUUAGGUAGACUGUUUCAUUUUUGCCCGGCACAUACCCAUAUCUUUGCACUCCUUAUGAGUAAUUUUUAUCCAGAGUGUCCUCCUGGCUCCUGGUUCUGUGUCUACUUUUUCAAAGCCUUUUUCGAUGACGUAAAAUUUCAUUUUUUCUGUGUUAGUUUCAUCAUCCUUAAAAUUGUUGUUUCCAAGCGUUAAUUUCAGUUUUUCAUGUAUCCCAGUGUGCCAGUAGUACCAAUCACAUUUUUUUCCUUGUUCAUUUUGAAUACCUGUCUUCAUUGAAGUUAUGAAAGAUUACAGUUUUAACAUGAUUGAUAGCUGUUUCGAUUAAACAAAUUUUCCUCCUUUUUUUAAAAA